AUGAAUCCUAAUCUUCAUGGCUCAGUCUGGUCAGGUUUUUAUAAAAAGACCUUAAAGGAACGUCAAAAUCAACUAAAGAUCGCUUUUCCAGAUUUAUUCAACCUACCUUCGUCUGCUACAAGUAUUGUUCCCUCUGUUUAUUCUACACCUUUAACUUCUAUUUGCAAUUCUCCUAUCUCUCGAGAAAAUUCCGAAGCAAAUGAUACGCUCAAUAGCAUAAAUAAUGAACAAUUCAACUACCUAGUAAAAAAAUUAGAAUCAUUAAAUAUUGAUCAGGAUCUAUUUCCAAUAAAUGGCCUUGACGAGCAUAUUGCAGACAAAAUGAUUGAGAAUUGCGUAGGGACAAUAGGUUUACCGGUUGGAUUGGCUCUUAACUUUAUAAUCAAUGAAAAGCCAAUAAUUAUCCCCAUGGCGAUCGAAGAACCUUCGGUUAUUGCCGCUGUUUCAGGAGCGGCUAAGACAAUUUCAUCAUUUAAGGGGUUCACUGCGGUGGCUCCUGAAAGAAAUUCGAUAAUAGCCCAGGUUGUUCUUUUAGAUAUACCUCAAAAUUCCAUGAAUCUUGCCGUAAAUAAGGUCUGA